AUGGAGGUCAGGUACAACCAAGAGACAGAAGGGAUGGUGUUGAAGAAUGGACUAAAGGAGGGGAAAGAUGGCAAGGACUCCCAUGGCAGCUUGUCCAAAAGCUUCCUCAAGGAGCAGCAGGACUCCUUUUCCCCCUCUGGGACCGUGGACAACUGCGAGAAGAACAGGGGGAGCACAGGGGACCCAGACUACUGUCGGAGAAUACUAGUUCGAGAUGCUAAAGGCUCAAUUCGAGAGAUUAUCCUGCCGAAGGGUUUGGAUUUGGACCGGCCCAAGCGAACCCGCACCUCCUUCACCGCAGAGCAGCUCUACCGGUUAGAGAUGGAGUUUCAGAGGUGCCAGUAUGUCGUUGGGAGAGAGCGAACAGAACUAGCCCGCCAGCUCAAUCUGUCUGAAACUCAGGUAAAGGUUUGGUUCCAGAACCGGCGCACUAAGCAGAAGAAGGACCAGGGGAAAGACUCUGAGCUGCGUUCAGUGGUUUCAGAAACAGCAGCAACUUGCAGUGUCCUCAGACUGCUUGAGCAGGGCCGGCUGCUGACACCUUCUGGCCUGCCGGGCCUCCUGCCUCACUGCGGCAGCGGCACGCUGAGCUCUGCCCUGCGCCCUCCCUCCAUGGCCAUGGCCAGCAACGGCAGCAGUAGCAGCAGCAGCAGCAGCAGCAGCAGUGGCGGCAGCACUGGCACGGCGGGCAGCAGCCCUCCUCUACCCGCCGUCACCAGCUCAGGGACAGUGGCAGGCCUGCAGAGCUCACCGGCAGCUCACAGCCUCUUCAGCUUCCCCAUGCCCUCCUUACUCAGUGGUGUUGCCACCCGCAUUUCCUCCAACCCCCUGUCCAUGGCCGGCUCCCUGGCUGGCAACCUGCAGGAACUUUCUGCCCGCUACCUGAGCUCCUCUGCCUUCGAGCCUUACUCGCGGACCAAUGGCAAAGAAUCCAUGGACAAGAAAAUUCUGGAAUGA